GAGUUUUGAAGUACUUAAUGAUGACGGUGAUAUUUGUUAGGCGCUCUUUCCAGGCGCCCCGGUGACGGGGUUCUCCGCCUUCCAGGACCGCGAGGCCCGGGGAAGAUGAGCGUCGUCGUCCGGCUGCUGCGGGCGGCCUCCGGGAGCUCCUCGGCGGGCGGCGUCCCCCCGGGGGGCGCCCGGGCCUUCCGCCCGUCCGGGGGGCGGCGGGCCCUUCCCGGGCCUCUGCUGUGGCUCGUCCUGAAGCCCGCGCAGAAGCUCCUGGCCGUCCUGGUGGGCAGGAGCCUGCGGCGUCGAUGGCGGGCCCUGCCCCCGGCCCGGCGGCGGAGCUGGAGGCGGAGGGGGCUGCUGGGGGCCGCCGUCCUGGGAGGCCUCGCGGCCGCCGUCCACGCCGCGCGCCUGCGGGACGACCCGCUCGCCGGCCGCCGCCGGCUCCUCCUCUUCCCCAACGAGCGCUUCCGCGCCCUCGCCCAGAUGGAGUACCGGAUGUGGAAGGAAGAAUUUGGGGCGAAGAUGUUACCCGAGCACGAUCCGCGCCACGCGACCGUCCGGGAGGCGGUCGGCCGCCUGGCCCGGGCCAACCGAGACGUCCCCGGCCUCUCCGACUUCGACUGGGUCGUCCACGUGGUGGAGGAGCCCAGCGUCAACGCCUUCGUCCUCCCGAACGGGCAGGUGUUCGUGUUCACCGGGCUGCUCGACGCCGUGUCCGACGUCCACCAGCUGGGCUUCCUCCUGGGGCACGAGCUGGCCCACGCCGUGCUCGGACACGCGGAGGAGAAGGCCGGCCUGGCCCGCCUGGUGGACCUGAUCGCUCUCGUCUCGCUCGCGGCCCUCUGGGCCCUGUGUCCGCAGGACGGCCCGGCGUUGCUGGCCCAGUGGAUCCAGUCGAAGCUCCGAGAGUACACGUUCGAGCGGCCGUACAGCAGGAUGUUGGAAGCGGAAGCCGACAGGGUGGGGCUGCGGCUGGCGGCCAAGGCGUGCGUGGACGUGCGGGCCAGCUCGGUGUUCUGGCGGCAGAUGGAGCUGGCGGCCGCCGCGCGGGGCAAGGCCCGCCUCCCCCGGUGGCUGUCCACCCACCCGGCCCACGCCGACCGGGCGGAACGGCUCGACGCGCUCAUCCCCGAGGCCAUCCGCCUCCGGGAGAGCUGCGCGUGCCCCCCGCUGUCCGGCCCGGACCCCCGCCUCGUCUUCAGGCUGAGCGUGAGGCAGCUGCCGGACGCCCGCCCGGCCGAAGGAGCGGGAGCCGGCGGGCCGGCCCGGGGACGCCGGAUCUGAGCCCGUGGUUUUCCCGCCGGCGCCGGCCUCCGCCGGGAGGAGGACCGGGGAGGAGCCGCCCCCCCGCGCGCCCGCCGGGGGACCCGGAGACCCCGGCCCGGCUCCCCGGAGGUCCGCCGGCGGAACGAAGAGGAGCCGUCCCUCGGGCCCGCGCCUCCGCCGUCCAUCCCGAGCCCGAGGCGGCCGGCGGCCCCCGCCUGACACCCUCUGCGAUAAACGGAGAAGCGGCGCGGCCGGCCGGGGGACCCGGGUUCC